GACAGUGUUGUUUAACAAUGCAGAAUUAAUAUCAAAAGGGUCCGAAAAUUAAAACACUAGAUGAAAUUGAGAAAUAAAGAAAUAUCAUGUUGUUCGAAUUCGACGAAGAGACAAGGGAUUUUGUGACCAUCUACGAUAGAGAUUACUAUCCUAAGCAGAGAAGUCGUGGCACUAAAUAUAUCCCGCCCACAAGUCUUGGAUCUUCUUCAAAUUUUUAUAAAGAUGCCUAUUAUACGAGGUAUCAGCUGGAUUAUUCAAGAAAUCCAGAUGAAUACUUUCCCCUGUGCAAGAAACAAACUGACGUAGGUGCACCACAUCUACGAUUGCCUAAUGAUUGGAUCAUUCCUGAAACAGUUCACCGCAAAACUUACCGCAAUAUUCGAGAAAUAAUGUCCUCUGUGGCUGGCAUAGGUGUUCGAAAAAUGAUGAAACAUCCGAACAAUUUAGAUCCAAACAUGGAACAGAGGAAAAUCUUGAAAGUCAGAACUGGUGACACGGAAUAUAUGGCUGCGAUUAGCUCAACUGGUGACAGAAUUCUUAGAGAAAAAAUUCUACAAGGAAUGAAAUCAUUCAGACCAUCGAAAAACAUUAAAAUUGAUUGCUCGGCAAUUUCGAAGAAGCCGAAAUAAAGAUUUUGAAAGAACGAAUUAUUCAUUGAUUUACCGCAAACUAUAGUGACCCCCGAAAGUCUGCAUUAUUAGAUGAAAAUAUUCCGAUAUCUUUGACCUGAAUGAAUAUAUUUUUGUCAAUAUAUUUUACGGACCAAAUGACAAAAAAUAUCGUUCGUCGCUCGGACGAAAAGAACUUUUCUGACGAUUGUGUUCACAUUUCACGACUUCGCCUUGGACUAUAAACUCACAAUCGCCAGAAAAUUCCUAACGGCUUAGUAACGAAAUGUAUUAUUUCAGGAGAGCAAUUUUUUUGUCAUUCUUGCAAGAAUGAACAGUCGGGUGCUGUUCAAUUGAUUCAAAUAAACAGAGACAAAUCAGACAUGAA